CUUAUCCUCUUCUUCGAAUACUACUGCCCAACUCCUACAUUCUCAUACUUCCCGCAUCAGAGCAGAACAGAACAGAACAUGGAUCCCCAGAAGCAACUGGUCAUCAAGCUGACCUCCUUUCGAUACAAGAAAGAAGGUAUCUCCUGGAAGGAGUUCCAUGAAUACGGCGCCAGACAACAUGCACCCAAGGCUGCCCGUAUUCAGGAGAGACACGGCGCCUACAAGAUCACACACGUAUACACUCCACCAAUCACCAAGAGCCUUAUCACCGAGAAACUUCCCUGGGCUCUCCGUCCCGGCUGGAAACUCGACGACCACGACGUUUCGAUCUCGAUGUACGUGCCUAAUCCCGAGACACUGCAGGCAAUUAUCGCGGACCCAGAGUUUCAGAGUCUCGUCGCGGGGGAGGACCAUAUCCUGGAUCAGGAGCGGGCCACGGUGACCGCCGGCUGGGAGGAGGUGUUUCUUGACGAGGGUAAGAUUGUGGAUAUCGAGCGCGAGAGUUGGGAGGCUUUUACCGCUAUGGGUCAGGACAGUGGGAAGACGUCUGCUCCUGAGGAUGUUCGUAUCUAGAACGGGUAUUGCUGUUGCUGAGCUAUAGAUGUAGUCAUGUAUAAACCCCUUCAUUGCUCUCCAUAAUAUAUCGAUG